UGUGUGUGUGUUCGAUCGUUCGUGUGUGCGUGUGCGUGAGUGUGUGAAUAAAGUGCGCUGGCUAAUUGUGAGAAGAAUUGGAAUCCGCCGGUAAAUGUCAAGUGCCAGGCAAUUGGAUUUCAUGUAGACGCAGCUCUACAUUGGAACCAAACAAUGUCACGACGCAAACAGUCGAAUCCAAAGCCGUUGAAUAAAGGUGAUUGCACAGAUACCACAGAAGAGAUGACCGUCGACAGCAGAGAUUCCAAAGAUUUGGCUGCACAUGAGCUGAGCGAAGAGCAGCAACAGUUGCAGGAUCAACAGCAGCAGCAGCAACAGGACGAAAAAGACGACGACAGCCAGACUCAGAGCCAAGCCGCUGAGUGUGAGGAAACCACCAUGAAGCCAAACAGCGAGGAGGAGCAACAGCUGCUGGCGGAGCAGACGACAACAGCAACGCCAACGCCACCAAGAAGUCCAACGCCACACGAGCUGGUGCCCAAGCUGGAGAUUAUGGAGCAGCCAGCAACGCCGCCCUCGGCAGCAGCCACGCCCAGUCCGCCUGUGACGCCCACACCGCCCAUAGUGCUGCCCAAGCUGCGUUUGAAUGCGCUGCUGGCUUCAGAUCCAGCACUCAAACCCGAUGCUAAAGAAUUAAAUCUGCAUGAGAAUCGUUUGCUGGCGCCGCCGCAGCAGCCGGAGCAGUGUGUUGUGGAGCCGGUGGAGCCGCUGCUGAAGCCAGCGCGCUUCAUGUGCCUGCCCUGCAGCAUUGCGUUCAGUUCACCCUCCACGCUGGAGGCGCAUCAGGCUUACUACUGCUCGCAUCGCAUCAAGGACGCCGAGGAGGAUGCCAACAAUGCAAGCGACAAAUUGACGCCCACUGGCACCGCGGGCAGCAAUUCCACUGGAGCUGCUGGAGCAGCUGGGGGCGAACCACCGGCCAAGGUGGCCAGAACGGGCAAGCAAUACGCAUGCACCCAAUGCUCCUACAGUGCGGACAAGAAGGUCUCGCUCAAUCGUCACAUGCGCAUGCAUCAGACGUCGCCGGCUCCAACGCAUGCGGCAAGCCUAAGCGCUCUAACGGUAAACGGCGUAGCUGCAGCCGCUGCCGCCGCCGCUGCUGCUGCUGCAGCGCAGCUUGAGGAGAGCUCUAGUCAACAAAUCGAUCGCUACUGCAGCGACUGUGAUAUUCGCUUCAACAACAUCAAAACCUAUCGCGCCCACAAGCAACACUACUGCAGCUCCCGUCGCAGCGAUGGACAGUUGACACCCAAGCCGGAUGCCAAUAAUGUUGCUGCCACUGUCGCCGGUCCGGUGGCUGCUGCUCCGGCUAAGCUCAGCGGCGCUCACAGUCCGCAAACUGCGCGCAAUAAAACGCCCACGCCGGCAAUGGUUGCUGCCGCUGCUGCUGCUGCUGCCGCCGCCGCUGCCUCACUGCAGGUGGCGCCUCCACAACCCUUCCUGGCACUACCCACCAAUCCCAUCAUCAUAGUGCCCUGCUCGCUUAUACGCGCCGCCAGUCUCAUUCCAGGACCACUCACCACUUCCACAUCGGGCAUAGUGAAUCCGGAGUCCACUUGCUUUACGCUGGACAAUGGAGCGCUCAAGCCGCUGGCCACAGCGCUGACGAUCAACGCGCUGGCAGGCAACGCAGCAGCGGCGGCGGCAGCAGCUGCAGCUGUAAUGCCCAGCGGCAACAACAACAACAACAGUCAGUUGCCACUAACUGCAGCGCUGGAGCCGGAGAGACAAACGAGCAGCAGCGUGGGCAGCCAGGAAACGGAAGCCAAGAGCAGCGCGCCCGAGCCGAAGCGCAAAGAAGCGAGCAGCAUGCGGGAGACGAGUGCUGCGCCGCUGGAUUUAUCGCUGCGACGCUCGCCCAUUGCAGCGCUGCUGCAGCGACAGCGACUGGUGGAGGAAGCGCUGCUGGCGGCGGCGGCGGGCAAGGAGAGUCUGGAGAAUCGCAGCAGUGUGACGCCCGAGCAAAUUGUAUGCGCUCCAUCGCUGCCCAGCAGUCCCUCGAUGAGUCCAUCGCCCAAGCGACGCGCGGUGAGUCCACGCAGCUCCGGCGCAGGCAGCGCUGCUUCAAUGUCGCCGCCAGCGCUGGCGCUGGGCAUGCCGCAGCUGCUGGAGAAUCUAACGCCGCUAACGCGUGCCAUGUUGCCCGCUGACUUUGGCCUAACCGAAUCGCUGCUGGCCAAAACGAAUCCCGAGCUGGCGCUGAAGCUAGCAGCUGCUGCUGCCGCCGCCGUAGCAGCAGCGCCAGCGCCAGCAGCAGCUGUGGCCAAUGCAACGGCUGCCACACAGCCGCAGAUCUAUGUCAAGCAGGGCGUGUCCAAGUGCAAGGAGUGCAACAUUGUGUUUUGCAAAUAUGAAAACUACUUGGCACACAAGCAACAUUACUGCUCGGCACGCAAUCAGGACGCCGGCGAAGACGCUGCCAAGCGCAGCAGCAAUACGCCACCUAGCGGUGGUGGUAGUGGUGGUGGUGCUGGUGCUGCAGCAACUGCUGCUGAGGCUACGCCCGUUGCCUAUCAGCAGCUCAUUUGCGCUGCCUGCGGCAUCAAGUACACCUCGCUGGACAAUCUCAGAGCGCAUCAGAACUAUUAUUGCCCCAAAGGUGGCGGCGCCGCAGCUGCUGCCACGCCCACGCCCACUGAGCCACAGCCACAGCCACAGCCCAAGGAAAAGUGCCACAAGUGCAAGACUCAGCAUGAGCACUCGCAGCCCUGUGUGCUAAUUGCUGCCACGCCUACGCUAACGCCCACACCAAAUGCUGCAACGCCCAACUCGAGCACGAGCGUCAACAAAUGUCCCGUCUGCGGCGUCGUCAGUCCCACUGCUGCGCUGGCACGCAAGCACAUGGAGAUGCACGGCACGGUCAAAGCCUUUCGCUGCACCAUCUGCCAGUACAAGGGCAACACGCUGCGCGGCAUGCGCACACACAUACGCACGCAUUUCGAUAAGAAGACCAGCGACGUGAACGAGGAGCACUACAUGACCUGCAUCUUCGAGGAGGAAACAGCGCCAGCUGUCAAUCUGGAGCUGCCAGCAGCAGCAGCAGCAGUGCCGCCGCCACAGUCCGUGGAGCAGCAGCUGGAGGCGGCGCAGCAGCAGCAAGCGCCGCAGCUCUACACCUGCGACUAUUGCAUCUAUGCCUCCACCUACAAAGGCAAUGUGCUGCGUCAUAUGAAGCUGCUGCAUCCGCAUGUGGCCAUAAGCUCGCCUUCCAUUUCACCCGAGUCGCGCGAACAGGACGACAUAGCGCUGGUCAAUGGUGAGCGCGAGCCAGCAACUGUGCCCAGCUUUCACAUCAAAACGGAGCCACUGGACGCCAGCACGCUGAGUCUGGUGCACGACAACAACAACUCGCCCAUUGGCACGCCGCAUAGCCACAUCAAGACGGAACCCUUGGAGAUGAGCAUUGACACAGCUGCAACGCUGCCGCUGCCGCUGCCGCCACCGCCCAGUGUGCUGCACUCGCCGCUGGGCCCCAGCGCCGCCGAGGCCAUGAAGAAAUACUGCUCCACCUGCGACAUCUCGUUCAACUAUGUCAAGACAUAUCUGGCACACAAGCAGUUCUACUGCAAGAGCAAGCUGCAUCGACCCGAGGCCAACGACAGCCCCAGUCCCAAUCAUGUGGCCAGCGCCAUGCCCAGCGAGCAGCUGCUGCUGCUGCAGAAGAACAAGGAGAAUCUACAGGAGGCGGCCAUUUGAGAGCGCGCCGAGUGCCAGCUGCUAUGGGAGGCGCAACGUAGGCAGCUGGAAUGGUACUACAAGUGCUUCUGAGUUCGAAUCGCCCAACGCCACACAACAGCAUCGACAGUAUUUCCGGAGAAUCUCCCCACAAACACAUACACACAUAGCUACAUAGACAUACCAUGGAUACGCAUUUCCAGCCUCUAUUCUAUUCUGAUCACUGUCAGCCAACCAAACACUGCGACUGCAUCUGUAUUGUGCGCCCCUCCCAUAAAGAAAGGACAUUAGAAAUUCAUGACAUAUAAUGCAUGCCAAAGCUUACCACUUAGAGAGAGAGUUAUAGAGGUACCCCCAAUAAUGAGUGCAAGAAACUAAAAGUUUUUCAUUUCACGAGCAAACUUUAAAUAGCAUAAGCUCCUAUAUAAUAUAUAGCCUAGCGAUUUGGCACUGCUCCAUUCGCAUAACGGUAAUUAAUCCUAUAGAUCCAAUAUUAUUAAUGCAAAU